GGCGAGGAACCAGACCACUUAAAUCAGAGCUCGUCUCCUGCUCAAAUGUUUCCCUGGAUGAGACCACAAGCAGCGCCGGGUAGGAGGAGAGGAAGACAGACAUACAGCCGAUUCCAGACUCUAGAGCUGGAAAAGGAGUUCCUCUUUAACCCCUAUCUGACCAGGAAGAGGAGGAUCGAGGUGUCCCAUGCACUAGGACUCACCGAGAGGCAGGUAAAGAUCUGGUUUCAGAACAGGAGGAUGAAAUGGAAAAAAGAAAACAACAAGGACAAAUUCCCCGCUUCCAGACAGGAGGGAAAGGAAGGGGAGGCCAAAAAGGAAGCACAUGAUCUGGAAGAAGACAGAGCUGAAGGCCAGACGAAUUAG